UUAUCAAGAGCGGGGGUUUUUGGAAAACCCGUGUGUUUAUACAAUUCUCUAGGGUAUUUUCUGAAAUUCUUGUGUUAAUCACCGCCGAUAUAAAGUAAUGCGGCUAUAUAAAUCGAGCUGUGAUGGACCGAUCUCAGUCAGUGUAUCAUCUGAAUUGUAGCAGUGAUGAAGUGGUUUUCGUUGUUGGUCCCGCUUUUGGCGCUUUUUUCCCUACUCGAAAUUGGAUAUGCUCGAACAAUUCCUAAAAUAACCAUUAGGAAUGGCGACAUUAUUGUCCAUGGAAACUGCAACGGCUGCACUGCCCGAGCCACCAAAAACUCGGCUCAUUUAUCAUUUAAAUUUACUCGAAGAUGGUAAAUUAUUGUAGAGUGCUUAAAAAUAAAACGCCCUAAGCUUGCCAUAUUAAUUUAUACUAUUUAUUACUAAUUAAUUAAUAAAAAGCUUUAAAUAAAA